AUGAAGACUCGUCAAGUGACAAAUUGCAUAGGUGUUCUCCUGGCAAGCGCAGGAGACACGUUGAUUGUUGCCGUUUAUAAUUCUAUUGGCUCGGACUUUCACGAUCUUUCAAAAGGAGCAUGGCUGCUUGUGUCGUAUAGUCUAGGUUCUUGUAUUUCCUCUCCUGCAUUUGGGGCACUCAAUGACCUCUAUGGAAAGAAGACGACGCUGUUAUGGACAUAUUUCCUCUUCGCCGCUGGCAAUAUCUUGUGCGGAGCUAGCGCUUCAAUGCCUCAGCUAGUCUCAGCAAGAGUAUUGGUUGGACUUACCAGCGCGGGAAUCAUCUCCUCAUCAUCCGCUUCUGUCACCGGGCUAAUCCCAUCCUAUGAGGCUACUUGGCUUCGAAGUUAUGCCGAUGUGGCCAAUACAAUCGGGCGCAGCGUAGGAGCUGCAGUCGGGUUUUUUUUCACAAAGACAAUUGGAUGGAGAUGGUGUUUCUAUAGCAACGUGCCAUUGAUCCUACUCUGCGCGUCCAUUGCCGUAUACCAGAUUCCUCCUGAUUUACCAAAGUCCUCCCAGAGCAUGGACCAUAGUUUUCUUUCCGGAGUCCAACGUAUUGAUUGGCCUGGUAUACUUAGUCUCGCAGUCACAAUAGUGCAACUAAUUCUCUUCAUCCAGACUCUUCAGCCAGGCCAAUUCCAGCAACCCCGUCUGUUGUACAUAACGGGGGCUGGGUCUAUUCUCUCGAUAGUAACCUUUGUUUGGGUAGAGGCAUGUUGGGCGUCCCAGCCAUUACUCCCUCUUGGCUCCAUGAAAAGGGCGUUUGGAGGAUACUGUCUUUCACAAUUCUUGAUUCUGGCUGGCCGAACCGGGCUCCUCACCAGUGUAGUUCCGUACUUUACGCGAACUAAUAUUGGAAGUGAUGCAGCCACUCUCCUAGCAGGUGGCAUGUUGCUUGUUGGCCUACCCGUCGGAGGGCUUCUAGCAAAUCAUAUAGUCAGACGGACACGCCGUUAUAAACGCUUAGGAAUUAUCGCAAUCGUUCUACUUGUGUUAACUUAUCUAUUCGUCUUCAUGCGGUGGCGGAAGGGCAUCCAAAUUUGGGAAAUCGUGUUUCUGUUCCCUUCAGGUCUAACAGCGGGAAUGCUGCUUGCUACUCAGUUCAUUGGCAUGACCGCAGAACUAACAGAAGAUACUCUAAUACAAUGCACAGGCACGUACUACUUAUUCCAACAACUGGGUAGAAUUCUCGGCCCUGCCAUAGGCUUCGCUUUGAUACAAGGACAUUUCAAGGCAAGAUUGAACUGGAAGUUGCAGACUCUACCCAAUACCUCGGAGGUUGUCCGGAAUAUCCUUAACGAUGACAAUUUCGCCCGUACAUUGCCAGCCCCCAUGCAGCAUCUUGUCCGUGAAUGCUACUUGUAUGGGUUUCAGUUUGCUGCGCUAUUUCCGGUACUCAGCACUCUUGCGGCGCUGCCUAUUCUUGUGCUGGUAAGAGAGGUGGACUUCGUCUAA